UAUAUGCAAAAUAGAUCACUUCUGAGUUGGUAGGCUGGUGCAGGAACAGACAUAGCAUAAACAUUGCCCGGAGAAGAUCCAAAUCGAAAUCAUGUCACCUCACACCUCACACUGAUGAUUGAGGUGGAUGGAGGUUCAAUGUACCACUUCUAAACCAACCCUAUAUAUUAAGCAGCUACAAUUGGAAGAACUCAUCAAUCUUAAGUUGUGCCAUUAACUACUGCACCUACAAGCUCUACUAUUCCUUCACACAAAUAAAAAAAAUGGCUUACCACACUCGCUCUAACAGCUUCCCAUCAAGGCCUCACCCCAUCAUUCAAGAAGUUGAGGAACAUUUGUGCAGAUUGAGCUCUUUUGAAGCCACAUCCAAAUCUUCAUCAUCAAUAAGCAACAAACUAAAUGGCCUGCAAGACUUGCUCCAUUGUGUUGAUAGGUUUCUUCAGUUGCAAGGCACCCAACAAGCAUUAGCAGAAGAGAAACAAGAGAAAUGGGCUAAUGAGCUAUUAGAUGGCUCUCUCUGGCUCUUGGAUAUUUGCAGCACUGCAAAGGAUGCCUUGUCCCAAACCAAGGAGUGCAUGCAAGACCUUCAAUCAAUCAUCAGAAGAAAGAGGGGAGGCGAAAUUGGACUCACAAGUGAGGUCAGAAAAUACUUGAGCUCUCGAAAGAUGGUGAAGAAGUCAAUUCACAAGGCUAUAGGAAAUCUGAAGGAAAUGAAAAACAGAUGCAGAAUCUCAUCCACCAACAAGGACCAAGAGACUAUCGCCAUUGUUAACAAGCUGAGAGAUGUUGAAGCAGUCACUCUCACAGUAUUUGAAUCAGUGUUGUCCUUCAUCUCCGGGCCAAAGUCAAAGCCUAGCGGCUGGUCUUUUGUUUCCAACAUUGUGCAGUCUAAGAGAAUAGCAUGUGACGAAGAAACGACUGUAAAUGAAUUUUCAGAGGUUGAUGCUGCCUUGAAGUCACUAAAGAGUGCAGAAAAUGCACAGAACCAGCUUAGCGAUCUGGAAUCAUGCAUUCAAGAUCAGGAGGAAGGACUUCAGUGCUUAUUUAGGCAAUUGAUCAAAACUAGAGUCUCCCUUCUGAAUAUCCUGAGCCAAUAG